UUUCCAACAGGUUCCAGCUGCCAGUAUCGAUAUGAUUCCCAGGCAUUCCUUUUCUCGCUGGUUAACAAGCCAGGAUGGGCGCCUGUGAAACUGCCUCAGACAGGGCAGUAUAGUUAUAACAGAUAUUCCAUAUACGACUGCUCGUAUUAUGGACCUAUGUUCGGAGGAGGCCAUGACUUUUUCAUGGACAACUACGCGCCAUCCAGUAGCAGUAACCAUGCCAACCUUGGCUAUACUUACAACCCACCGAGCGGGUACAACUACGGAAGCACCUUCGCCCAGACAUUUUUGGCAGGAGGAAGUAAUUAUUAUUUUACACCAGACGAAGUGGAAACAUUUUACGAAACAACCUAA